UUUUGUCUAAAAAUGGCUGGUCGGGGCAAAACUCUCGGAUCCGGAGCGUCGAAGAAGGCAACAUCGAGGAGUAGUAAGGCCGGUCUUCAGUUCCCGGUGGGUCGUAUUGCUCGGUUCCUGAAAGCUGGGAAAUAUGCUGAACGGGUUGGAGCUGGAGCUCCGGUCUACCUCGCCGCCGUUCUUGAGUAUCUUGCCGCCGAGGUUCUUGAGCUUGCCGGAAACGCUGCCAGGGAUAACAAGAAAACCCGAAUAGUGCCACGUCAUAUCCAGCUUGCAGUAAGGAACGAUGAAGAGCUGAGCAAACUGCUCGGAGAUGUGACCAUCGCUAACGGCGGUGUAAUGCCCAACAUUCAUAGCCUUCUCCUCCCAAAGAAAGCUGGAUCCUCCAAGGCAUCCGGUGGCGAUGGCGAUUAGAUUAGCUUCUUGAAGCUAGAAUCAAAUGACAUCUUCUCUGUUCUGUCUUAAAUCCAAUAUGAGAUCGGACAUUCUCGGAGUUUUUUAUUGUUGCUCUAUUAGUUUUUUUUAGGUGUUUUGAUGUCUUCUUCUUAGGGAAAUUUAGCUUGUUGACAGUGUUUUAGCUGAAUAGGUAGUUUUAGUUUAAAAUGUGAAUAUAAUCGAUCGUCCAUCUUCUUGCUCCACUUGCU